UCUGGCUCGCUGCUUGCUGGUUCAGCUGAGCCUCGCCGAGCACUUCCGCUUUUCCUUCUGCACCAUCUCGGAAAGCAGCUGAGCCAUGACGUCGAUAUGCAACUAUUCCCAUCCCGAACUCCAGAUCUCCGAAGGCUUGGAGCGCCACGGCGCAGGCGUGCUCUUCCCGUACAACCCCGAGUUUUACGAGCUAGCAUCGGGGUUAUACGGCCCAGGCAGCAUCCUAGCAUGGCACUUCCUCGUUGCCUCCGUCGUGUUCCACUGGUUUUACGGGCCGAGGGACGAUCAGGGCCACACCCGGCCGGGCAUGUCAACCGACCUGCUGGCCGUGGUCGCAUACUCCGUCUUCGCCGCGACCGACCUGCUCGUCCAGGCCAUCAACAUGGCCGGGACGGAACAUCGAGCCCUCGCCAUCUUCUGCCUCCGACAUCCCACCUCCACCCUCGAAGGUUUCGGCGAGUUCGGCCACACCCCGCUGCGCCUUGCUGAGAUCCCCCCCGAUGUCGUCGGCCUCGGCCAGCACGUGGUCGAGCUUACCGGGCCGCUAGCCGUGUCCUACGUCUUCGUUGAUGUGUGCUUCCUGCUCGCCAUUUCUGUCUUCUCCUCCGGGGGCGCGAACAUGGUACCGUGGCGGCCCACCGCCGCGGCGAGGACGUAUAUCUUAGUCGGGUACGCGUACGUGGCUCUGGCCCUGGUGAUUUUCCACCUUGGUCUCGGCAGCCUGGGUAUCAGCAUCAUCCUAUUCAUCUAUGAGGCCGCGCAGCCGUUCUUGCUGGCCUUCACGCUCGGCACGGGCAUCGUCUUCGGCGGUAGUACCCUAGUUUUGUCGAUCGUCUGCAUUGCCGGCCUGAUCCGACGAGACCGGGGAAUGGUGCUGGAAUAUGCGCAACAUGUGGGAUGGUGUGUCCUCGCGUCCCUACUCCCAGGCACGACGGCGGUUCUUGUUGUCACAACUCGUGCCUCUCUGAUCCCGGAUCUCGGGGUUACCAUCGUCGAGCGGGACCAACUUGCUGCCUUGCUAGCGGGGUUGGUGGCGUUGGUCUAUACGGUGUAUACUGUUUUACGGGAUCGGUCCCCGGCGGAGGCGGCGACGGGGCCGGGGACGGGCAUGGAGGAGAUGCAGGCCCUUGCUGUCGGGGAGGAAGACGGCGUGGGGCUCGAAGCCAGGGGCUCCGUACAAUGGCAGGUUCAAGAGCGCAGACCAAGAACGACGUACGAUGAUCGGAUUGCAAGCCAUGGUACCCGCAGCAUAACAUUUUAACGAGCGCUACCGAAGACGAUAGGAAAGGGAUGUGUAGCAGAGGGGGGCAGC